CCACCCUAUCUUUCCCACUUUCUCUGUAACACCACCAAAACCUUCGAUCUCCAACAUGACUAUAAAAGAAUGUUCCCUCACCAGCAGCCGUAAAAUCUUGCCAAUCAUAAAAUUCCUCUUUGUAACCCUUCUCCUAAUUUUCUUUGGAAUCCUUACCGCAAUUUUCCUAGUUUGGGUAAUCCUUCAACCGUCGAAGCCAUGCUUCAUCCUCCAAGACGCCACCGUCUUCAACUUCAACGUCUCCAGAAAUCCAGUGAACCUCCUCAACUCAACCUUCAAUAUCACUCUCUCCUCUCAAAACCCUAACGACAAGAUCGGUAUCUACUACGACCGUCUCAACGUCUACGCAUCUUACAUGAGCCAACAGAUCACUUUGCGGACUUCGAUCCCUCCGACUUAUCAGGGACACAAAGAAGUCAACGUUUGGUCUUCUAUCGUCGCUGGAAACUUCAUCCCGGUUGCUCCGGACAUCGCUCUGCAUCUCGAUCAAGACCAGACAACUGGUGCGAUCAUGUUGAUGCUUCAUCUCGACGGCCAAAUCCGUUGGAAAUUCGGAACUCUCAUCACCGGAAAAUAUCACCUCCGCGCCAUGUGUCCGGCGUAUAUUAAAGUUUGGAAGAGUGCGGCCGGAGUUAUCGUCGGAAAGAACGCCGUUGAAUACAGGCUCAUCAGGACGUGCAUGUAUGAAGAAGAGUAGAAGACCACUUAACGGUGACGGUGAUAUCAGGUCACGGAUUUUUCCAUUAUUAAGUACGUAAUAUAUUUUCAUAAUUUUCGUAGCAGUUAAGUUUUUAUAACUAUUUUCA